UCCGAGUCCAUGGUGCUGGAGACUGCGGAGAACGUGAACAACGGGAACCCCUCCCCCUUGGAGGCGCUGCUGGCCGGGGCCGAGGGCUUCCCCCCGAUGCUGGACAUCCCACCCGACGCAGACGACGAGACCAUGGUGGAGCUGGCCAUCGCCCUCAGUCUCCAGCAGGACCAGCAAGGAAGCAGUAGCAGUGCCCUAGGCCUGCAGAGCCUGGGCCUCUCCGGUCAGGCGCCCAGCUCCUCCUCCCUGGACGCCGGGACCCUUUCGGACACCACUGCCUCAGCUCCAGCCUCGGAUGACGAGGGCAGCACGGCGGCCACCGACGGCUCCACCUUGCGCACGUCGCCGGCCGAGCACGGGGGCAGCGUGGGCUCUGAGAGCGGGGGCAGCGCAGUCGACUCAGUGGCUGGGGAGCACAGCGUCUCAGGCCGCAGCAGCGCCUACGGCGACGGCACCACCGAAGGUCACCCACCUGGGCCCGGCAGCAUCAGCUCCAGCACUGGCGCUAUCAGUACCACCACAGCCCAGCAGGAGGGCGAGGGGUCCGAGGGGGAGGGCGAGACGGAGGGUGACAUCCACACCAGUAACCGGCUGCACAUGGUCCGCUUGAUGCUGCUUGAGCGUCUGCUCCAACACCUGCCCCAGCUACACACUGUGGGCGGCGUCCGCGCCAUCCCCUACAUGCAAGUGGUGCUCAUGCUUACUGCCGACCUGGACGGAGAUGACGAGAAGGACAAGGGUGCUCUGGACGACCUGCUGGCCCAGCUCAUCGCUGAGCUCGGCAUGAACAAGAAGGACGUCUCCAAGAAGAAUGAGCGCAGCACCAUGAAUGAGGUCCAUUUGGUCAUCAUGAGACUGCUGAGUGUCUUCAUGUCACGCACCAAGUCUGGGUCAAAGUCGUCCUCAGAGGUACAUGGAGCCCCCUGCUGUAGCCUGCAACACUGGAGUGUGGUACAGAGUGACAAACCACCUUCGUACACUGUGACACUUGGCACUCACCUCCUAGCUGCAAUUAGGAGGAGAUGCUGUCCUCCUGGCUAUCUUCAGGAGG